GUCCGCCUUCGCCUGGCUUCCUCACUCCUGACUCUCCGUGUUUGCUCUGCGCUUGUUUUUCAAGGAGCCAGGCCUGUCACACCCGUGCUGCUUCCCGGCCAACCCCCCAAAGCCGCUCAGGACCUCUGUGCCAGCCCAGCUCCCUUGCCAGAGUGGGAGGCCCCGGACCAGGAGGAAUAACUAUGGCGUCAGGCCCUGGGGGUCUCGAGACAGAAUGCUGAGGAGGACUGGUUCUCAUUGUGAGGAGUCUGUGAUCCUCAGGGAACCCUUCUGGUGCCCUAACCAGAAGCAGAUGUCCCUUGAGCGUCAAAAUGCCUGGUGUGGCCGUGGAUGGCCCUCUUUGGAAGAAGAGCAGAGGAAGGUGCGAAGAGAGAAGCAGGGGACAUGUCUUCCUCCUCUCCUCCUCACAUCGUGCAGCUGCAGACAGGCUGCCCUCCCCCUCCUCACAUGCUUGUCCCCAACACGGACAGGUCCGAAGCCUGCAAGAUCACCCCAGAGUUGCAGGAAAUCCCCAGAUCCUACUCCGUUCGUGAUUCCCAGCAGAUGGUGUGGGUCCUGAGUGGAGGUGUUUUGAUAGCAGCUCCUUCGAGCAACAGUGUUGAGCCUGUCACUCUGACCCUAAUAGCGUGCAGAGACACCGAAUUCCACGAUGAAGACAAAGGCAACCUGGUCUUCCUGGGAAUCAAGGGCAGAGACCUCAGUUUCUCCUGUGCAGACGUUGAGGGCCAGCCCACGCUGCAGCUGAAGGAGGUCAAUAUCAUGGAACUGUAUGCGGAGGCCAAAGCUCAGAAGCCAUUUCUCUUCUUCCACAGCCUGGAGGGCUCCACCUCCGCCUUUCAGUCCGUCUCCUACCCCGGCUGGUUCAUAGCCACGUCUCCCAUAGCAAGACAGCCCAUAACACUCACCCAGGAGAGGGGCCUCGGUAACACAAACUUCUAUUUAGAUCCUGAGAAUUAAAUCCAGCCUGGUCUGUGAGUGACAGAUUUCAGGAUAGAGGGUCAAGCUGUCAGAGAAUCUUCUGCUUAAACUACAGUGCCAUCUGAUGAGGUCACCGUCCACUUUGUGGUCACCUGCAGUCCCGCCCAUCCACGGCACACCUCCUUCUGCCUCCCCUGAAACAUCUCCCCCCCAUGGCCCUCACCUGAGCACCAUCCCCGCACCUCAGAGUCACUUUUUGUUCUUUCUCAACCCACUGUCCACUCAGCUGCCAUGUCCAGCAAAGUCAACCCCACAUGCUUCCUGCAGGAUACUCUCCAUUCUCUUCCUUCUGCCAAUCCUGGCCCACCAAUAAAUGCCAUCAGUAAAUCUCAUCAAUAAAAGAAUGUUGUGCAUUGAUUUUA